UGGACAGGAUUCACACUUUUACUGUAAUAGUGUAUGUUUGUUUCUUGGUUGUUCAUCUAUUUUUAAAAAUUGUAAUUCUGUGUUUUGCUCUGUCGCCAAUUAAAGGUUCACGAGAAUCACCUUUUAACUGUUUUAGAAAACAAGUUGAUAAUUGGUUGAUCUGAUGCCAUACACUCUCCUUUAUUAUUGGCAUUCAAGAUUCAUCUGCACAAUCCAUCAAUUCAAGAAACACAUAAAAGUUGAAUAGAAAUUUACGCUUGACAGAUUCUGACAAUUCUUUUAACCAUUUUGAAAUUAAUGACUUACGCAAUGAACUGAUGCCGAGAUUUUUUGAGGGUUAAGACUAUUCAGGUGAAACAAGUAUAAUAUAUAUUUAAACAUGACAUAAAAACUGAUCAUAUUGGAAACAGCAGACAAUUGUACAUGUAAUGUAAUUGUAAUGAAUGUACUAAAGCAUUCGCAACUUUAUCAAAGCAGCGAGAAUAGUUUUUAUGAUGUGCACAGGUGACUAAAUGAUGAGGAGGUUGAACAAGGAGUUUUAAGAAAUUAUUUUCUGAUGAAAUGCUUCAAACCAACUGAGAAAAACUGAAAUCAUAAACUGCACUCGAAGACAGCAGGAUUAAUUAGAGGCUAAUGCCACCAAGACAACAGAAUGUUUUAGUCCAAAACAUUCUGCUUUGUGUGUACAACAGAGUUUCUGGACACUCAGAAGAACACUUAGACAAUUGACCAGAGUAGAAUGACACUAAAUUGCAUAAUUUGUAAUUCGUUCACUUUUUCUGAAGUGACCCAAAAUGUGCAAAAAUGAUUACAGGCAGUUCUUCGUCACAUUUUAGCCAUAUUUAUUAAAAUCCUUCAAAUAACUAGCAACAUUGUGAAAAAAAACAUAUACGGCUGGAACAAUGUCUGGUGUCCCAGGAUAAUUCAUGCAGUGUAUAUUAUAGAUAUAUUACAAAUAAUAGAAAAUACAAAACAUGAACAAAUGCAUGUUUAAUAUUAAUUACAGGGUUUAGGUAAAUACAGAGCACAGGUGUGCUUUCCAGAAGCUUUUCAUUUCUUUAUAGUUAUAUUUCACCAAGUAUAUAAAACUAUAACUGUAAAGAUUUAUAUGAACAGUGUUAAAUUAAAUCACUGAGCUCUAUAAAAAAGACUUGGAAAGAAUAAUGUAGCAAUAGUACUAAUAGAAUUGUUAGCAUCAAUUAAUAAACCAUUUUAAAUGAUUUGGAAUAAUUGUCCUGAGUUAAAAAUGCCAGUAGCUAAGUGCGCCAGAUACCUUAGGAGAAGUCGUCUCAUGCUAACACCUGCCUACAUGAUUUCCAUAUGUUAUUGUUGGGCUUUUGGACAUUUGACUAUUACCCAAAGUACUCUGUAGAAAGUGGAUUUACACAUUUUUUACCCCACUUUUAGUGCUAAUUCAUCAUUAUUAAACUGCAACAUGUUUAUUUAUUUAAAGUAUAUUCCUUAAAUUCUUGCCUGCUUAUUUCUUCCGCACUCCAGUUUUCCAGAAACAGAAGAUUCUAGGAAGUUUUACAAGUUUCUACAAUGAUCAUGACAAAUCUCUACCAUUAUAGAGACAAAACAUACAAGUUUUAACUGCUGUUUUACUUUAACUUAUUUUUCAGAACAAGACUAUGUUACAGUCAGUUUCCUAAAAUGGAAUGAACUUCAGACAAAAGACAACAAACAGAAAAUAAAAAGUGCAGUUUAAAAGAUGUUGCAUGGCUGCUUAAAAAAGAACAUCCUUCAUCCCAAUACAAUAGAAAUUCAUGUUAUAUACAGGCCAGGAUGUUAUCUAAAACAUAUCAGGCUCUAAGACCAUUUUUUCUAUUCAAUUGUAGUGAAAUCACGAAAAAUCUGGAAUGUUUUGGUAGUUGUUCUCCACCCUCGAAAUGCUCAUUUGCAAGUCAUAUUGAAGGUAAGGUGGUUUUCGGAGUGUUGCUUCAGAGUCCACAGAUGUCACUGUGCUUGUUGCCCUUUCGACAACAAGCACACUGACUUGGACACCAUGAUCAGGAAGCGUUAUAUUCUCAAAGAGCCUGAGAUCAAAGACUAUUUGGUCAAAGGAGAACGAUUCACAAAAUGGAAAGAAGACUCGUCGCGUACUGCUCCUGUCACUAUGAAGAUAGAUCCGAAAGGAUACUUUCUUUACUGGAUAAACUCUAGCAAGGAAGUCGAAAUUGUGGACAUUGCGACCAUCCGGGACACACGGCCAGGCAAAUAUGCAAAACUUCCCAAACAUCAAAAAGUUCGAAACACCUUCAACAUGGACUUCCCCGACAGUAAUUACUUAGCCAAGACCUUAACCAUCGUAACUGGUCCUGACAUGGUCAACCUUACAUACUACAACUUCUUUGCAGCCAAGGAAAAUGUAGUGCAGAACUGGGCUGAUGACAUUCUGUCCAUUGCCUACAACCCCCACAGGGCCACUGUCUGCAGACAAGUCUACCUGGAUAAACUGUAUGUCCGUCUCACACUGCAAACCAACAAAGACGGCAAGAUUCCUGUUAAGUAUAUCUAUAAGAUGUUUCCAGCAGACAAGAAAAGGGUCGAUAGUGCACUCUCAUCUGCAAAGCUUCCUAAGGGAAAGUUUGACUCCAUAAAGCCUGAAGUGUUCACUGAAGCUGCAUUCAAGACCUUCCUGAUGAACCUUUGUCCUAGGCCAGAGAUCUAUGAAAUCUUCAGCACCUACUCUAAUAAGCCCUACAUGACCAAGGAGAUCUUUAGCAAGUUCCUGUAUGAGAAGCAACGAGACUCAAGGCUUAAUGAAGAGCUUUACCCACCACUGAGACCUGAUCAGGUAAAGGCUCUCAUCGACAAGUACGAGCCUUCGUCCUCAAAUUCUAACCGUGGUCAGAUAACCCCAGAAGGGUUUCUCUACUUCCUAAUGGGGCCAGAGACAACACCUGUGAUGUUGGACAAAAUGGCCCAGUGCCAUGACAUGACCCAGCCCAUCCCUCACUACUACAUCAAAUCCUCCCACAACACCUAUCUUACUGCCGGUCAGUUCUCAGGCACCUCCUCUCCAGAGAUGUACCGUCAGUGUCUGCUUUCUGGAUGUCGCUGUUUGGAGCUGGACUGCUGGAAAGGCAAACCUCCAGAUGAAGACCCAAUCAUUACUCAUGGCUUCACCAUGACAACUGAGAUCCUUUUCAGGGAUGUAAUCGAAGCUAUUGCAGAGAGUGCGUUCAAAACAUCAAAAUAUCCAAUCAUUCUCUCCUUCGAGAACCAUGUUGAUACAGUCAAACAGCAAGAGAAGAUGGCUAACUACUGUAGGACUAUAUUUGGAGAUGCUCUGCUCACUGAACCCCUGGAGAAAUAUCCGUUGAAACCAGGUCAACAAAUCCCCAGUCCUUCUGAGCUGAUGGGAAAAAUUCUGAUCAAAAACAAAAAGGGCGCCACAGGUCCGGCCAAACCACCACCAAAGAAAAUACAAGAGGAGGGUCCUGCUGAGAAUGCAGGAGAGCAGCCUGAAAACCCUGAGAACCAGAACAACGAGCAAGAGGAACCGAUGAACGAUGAACCUCAUGAUGAACAUCAUGAGGAAGAGGAGCAGGAUGAGGAAAAGAUGAAGAACUCUGAUGAAGGUACAGCUGGGCAGGAAGUAACAGCUUUUGAGGCAAUGUCUUCAAUAGUCAACUAUAUUCAGCCACACAAAUUUGUCUCCUUUGAACAAUCAAGGAAAAAGAACAAAAGCUAUGCCAUCUCUUCUUUUGUGGAAACCAAAGGAGAGCAAAUGAUCGCUAAGAGUGCUGUGGAGUUCGUUGAAUAUAACAAGAGACAGAUGAGUCGUAUCUACCCUAAAGGAACACGUAUGGACUCUUCUAACUAUAACCCUCAGCCCUUUUGGAACGUCGGAUGUCAGAUGGUGGCACUGAACUACCAAACCAUGGAUUUUCCCAUGCAACUGAACAUGGCACUGUUCGAGUAUAAUGGGAGGACUGGCUACCUCUUAAAAAAUGAUGUGUUUCGGAGAAAUGACAAGACGUUUGAUCCCUUUUCCGACAAGCUUGACACCAAUGUGCCCAACACGCUCUCAAUCAAGAUCUACUCAGGCCAAUUCCUAUCUGAUAAGAACGUGAAAACAGCAGUGGAGGUGGAGAUAAUUGGCUUGCCUGGAGACCCCAAACGCAAAUUCCGCACCAAAAACACAGCCACACCAAAUGCUAUCAACCCUGUGUGGAAUGAGGAGCCCUUUGUGUUUGAGAAGAUUCUGCUGACAGAAUUGGCUUCACUCCGGAUAGUGGCUUAUGAGGAAGGUGGAAAAUUUAUUGGGCAUAGGAUUAUUCCCAUAGAUGCCAUCCAAUCAGGAUUUCAUCAUCUUUGUCUGCGUAGUGAGAGUAACAUGCCGCUGAUGCUCCCUAGCCUGUUUGUCUACAUUGAGGUGAAAGAUUACAUCCCUGCUGCUUUUGCUGAUUUCACAGAUGCUCUCUUCAAUCCUGUGAAGACAACAAAGCCUGCAAAACAGGAGAGUGCUAACUAUGUAAGCAAAUAUGAGAUGCCCGGUGCUGCAGUUGUUCCAGCCACAGUGCCAGAAGGGGGAGAGGCUCCAGCAGAGGGCAAUGCUACCCCUUUAGAAACACCUUCUUCAGGCACAGAUCCUAAAUCAGAGUCCAAUGAGGCAGAAACUCCCAAGUCUGACAACGAGCCAGAGGCGCCAGCGACCUCAGAAGAGCCUCCUCAAUCUGAAGCACCGGCACCAGCCGAAGAGGCUCCUCCCACAGAGGCACCUCCUCCUUCUGAAGAAGCCCCACCCGCUGAAGAACCUGCACCAUCAGAAGAGGCUCCUCCCUCAGAGGCACCACCACCUUCAGAAGAGGCUCCUCCCUCAGAGGCUCCUCCACCUUCAGAAGAGGCCCCUCCCACUGAGGCACCUCCACCUUCAGAAGAGGCUCCCCAAGAAACCCCUGCACCAUCAGAAACCCCUGAGGCAGAGAAUCCAACUGAUCCAAAUGAGCUGGCCUCUGUGACCUGUGAUGAACUGCAGCAGCACAAGAACUACCUGAAGGUCAUCAAGAGGCAGGAGAAAGAAGUGAAAGAGCUGGAAAAGAAGUCACAGAAGAAGGCAGAGGAGCUAACUCAGAAAUACAGUGACCUCUUCAAAUCGCUCAAGAAGAAGACCACGUCGAAGAAGAAUGAGGCUGCAGCCGAAGAGCUUAAAGCAGAGCAAAUCAAUGAGCUGAAAACAAAGCUGCAGACGGAGCUUCGAUCACUGUGGGUGGAGAAAUAUGAUCAGCUAAAGAAGAAGAAAGAGCAACAUGCCUCUGAGUGUUUGAGCAAGCUGCUGGAGAUGGCUACAGAGAGACACGCCAGUGAGCUGAAGGCACUGAACAGUGACAGUAAAGGUGGUAAGAAGAAAGAAUCAAAGAGCUCAGGUUCUGAGAAGAGCAGCUUGAAGAAGAGCAAAAGCACAGAACUGCUCGACAGUAAUGAUGAUACACAGUCUGCAUCUAGUAAUGGAAAUUCAUCACAGGAGCAGGAACAGAAGCUUAAGAAAAAACAGGCAGAAACACUGUCUGACAUCAGAAGCAUUAACAGUCAGAUGAACCAGCAGGCUGUGACAGAGCAUGCUAAGCAGAUGUGGUCUUUACCAGUUGAUCUUAAGGAAGCAGUGAAUGCCUGUGUGGCUGUUCACUUUCCUGAGAAUGUGGAUAAAACUGAAGACACCAAGCAGGAGCAGGAUGGCCAAUAUGGCCAAGUGUACCGGGGCUGAUGGCCAUUCAGCUUUCUCUCUUUAGCUUCCCUUAACAAUUCUGCACAUGUAGUUGAAAACUGUAGUAAAUUGUUUUUGUACUUGACAAUGCUCAUGUUUUAGUCCACACAGCUUUUUAAUGAAAUGGGUGCAAUGUACUUGAACAUUUGUAGCAAUGCCAUUGUCUCGAUGAUUUAAAGUGUGAGCUUUGAUGAUGUAAAAGAGGCAAUCACCUGCAGAAUUGUGUUGUUACAGAAAUGUGUCAGUUGUGAUUUUAGGUUUAAUUAAGUAGUUAUUACAAAGGACAUUGCCCUAUGGUCUUAAAAUUUCCAGAUAUUUAUGUACAUAUAACAUAAUAUUUAAUGUUAUUUACUGUAUUCAGGAGAUUCAAAGUGAUACCCAACUUAUAUCAAAAAUAAUUAAAUAAAGGUUU